UGCUCUCUCGCACGCCAGUAACACCGAGGAGCGAUUGUCGGCCGGACGUAGUGCUCUAUCUCUCACCUGGCCGGCGAGAGAUUUUUCGGCCGAGAGCCAUGUGGUGCCACGUGUUAAUCUCGAUCGUCGUAUUGCUGGCGUCCUUGCUCUAUCAUUAUCACUUCAGCGAACCGGCCAGCGUUAUCGAUUAUCCCGAGACGCAUUACGACUACGUAGUCGUCGGCGCUGGUACGUCCGGCUGCGUGAUCGCGUCACGACUCUCGGAAAUGCCGAACGUGACAGUCCUGCUCGUGGAGGCCGGCGGACACUUCGGCUGGCUGUCGGGCAUGCCGCUCUUGGCGCCGAUGUUGCAAGGCACGGAGGUCGACUGGGCCUACAAGACGGAGCCGCAAGUCUUCUCGUCCCGAGGACUCAACGACUAUAGACAAAACUGGCCGAGGGGGAAGGGACUGGGCGGAAGCGGGCAGCUUAAUUACCUCGUACAUUCUUUCGGGAGACCCGAGGACUACAAGAGAUGGCCGAAGGGCUGGUCGCACGCCGACCUGCUCCCCUAUUUCCAAAAGGUGUCCGAUAUUAUGAACGUGAUCCCGAUCCCAGAAGAGGAAUACUUGGCGAAGGCCUUCGUAUCGGCCGAAGAGACUCUGAAAUUGGACAACGUGUCUCUGCGGAAGGCGAUGUACACCGCGAAGAAAGGCGCCCGAUGGAGCACGCACCAUGCGUACCUGCAGAGGGCUUGGAGUCGCGAGAACCUGCACAUUCUGACGAACACCUUCGUUGCGAAAGUACUUUUCAAGAAUAACAAGGUCAAUGGCAUUAAAGUAAUUUAUAAAAAUGGCUCCGUCGGGAGAGUCGACGUGAGGAGGGAGGUGAUCCUCUGCGCAGGCACCGUCAACACUCCGCAGUUACUUCUGAUUUCCGGCAUCGGGCCUGUCGUACAGCUGGAGAAGCAUAAGAUAUCCGUGGUGCGAGAUCUACCGGGGGUGGGCCGGAAUCUGUUCGACCAUCUGAACGUGCCGGUUUACGUGAACCUGCGGGAGCGCGUCAGUAUCACGCUCGUGAAACUGCAAACCGUGCCCGAGGUGUUCAAUUAUUUCGCCUUCGGAACCGGAUGGUUGGCCACUAACGGCGUAAUGGGUUUGGGGCGUGCCAAUAACAGUGGCCUGCUUCUCUUCGGAGUGGCGUCCACGGAGGAGACGUUGCUGAAGAAAAUCUCGAAUUUUGAGACUGAGACGUACAGGUCGCUAUUUCCGUCUUAUAACGACAGCAUGCACGAGGGGUUCAUCUACCUCGUGUCGUGCCUGCAGCCCAAAAGUCGCGGAAAUAUUACGCUGAGAUCGGCCGACAUUCGCGACCCGCCGAAAAUUAAUCCUGCGUACCUCCAGGAUCCCCACGACGUCACGUGCACUUACCGAGGUAUAACCUUCGCGCUGGAGACUCUCGGCACGAAACUGUUUCGCGAAUACGGCGCGAAGGUUCACGUGCCCGACUUGGAGGAGUGUCGUCAUUUACGGCAGGACUACCGGGACAUCGAUUAUUCGGAGUGCGUGAUGAGGAUCGCGGGUCUCACGAGCCACCAUCCGUGCGGCACAUGUCGGAUAGGCGCGGGCGACGAGGACGACGGCGCGGUCGUGGACGAGGAAUUAAGGGUAAAAGGCGUGAGUGGAUUAAGGAUAAUGGACGCCAGCGUAGUGCCGUCUCCAAUUUCCGGCACGCCGAAUUCAGUUCUCGUCGCGAUGGCGGAACGCGCGUCUGAUAUUAUUUUAGGUCGCGCGUUUAAUUGAGACCCGACCCGUUUAUUGUAUCAUACACGAUUUACUAAUUAAAGAAUGACAACGUUCGCAGCUCA